CUUCCGAAGAGUGUCACUCAGCUCACUGGCCCACUGACUGACUGAGUCUGACACUGUGUCAGAGUUUGCAUGAAAAGUUUAUUCGAUACUUGGACGGUAAGGAAGAGCAGUGAAACAUUUGAAUGGAAGAAAGGAAUAAAUUUAAAAAGUUUAGAGAGUUCCAGUGAGACACCAUGGCACAGUACAAAAUUCCUGACCCCGAGGAAAUGGUUCCUUGUCCAUAUGACAAGGUACACAUGAUCCGGGCCAAGAGAAUGCAGUAUCACCUGAUGAAGUGCAGAAAGAAUUACAUAGGCAGUGACUUUGCGACCUGCCCUUUCAAUGCCAGACACGAGAUGCCAAAACCAGAGCUCCGCUACCACUUGGCCAACUGUCCCGACAAAGCUGUGAUCGAACCCAUGCUGGCUUAUGAGAGCAGUAAGAAGAAUGGAGAAGAAGCUUCAAUGUUCAGAGGUUGUGUUGAUCUUCCCGUCUAUGAACAGAUUAACAUCGAAAGUGAAGAAAACUGGGAUGCUGAGAUUCCGUCGGUGGCCAGGAUAGGAGUAGAUCCUCAAUACUUUGCCCGGCAGGAUCACAUGGUCAUUCCAGGACUGACGCGAUCUGAAAAGAAGGAGUUUGCUAGGCAGAUGCACCUUCCAGCUGAAAAUCGAUCGUACGUCGCUCAGUACAGUGAGCCAUCUGACUACGAUCACCUGAAGGAUGAACAGCCAAAGCUCCGCCUGCCCAAGACUGCAGCUCAGACCUAUCUUCCUAACCAGAAGAAGUCUGUUCAGCUAACAUCGACAGUGUUUGCAUACUCCCUGUCAAUGGCGGGAGUAGGGCGCGGACUACCAGCAGGCAGUCAAAACGGCUCAGGAAACGACUCUGUUGGAGGCGUAGCUGGACAGGGAAGAGGAAGGGGGCGUGGCACAACAGCGACCGCGGGGAGAGGAACAACAAUGGCCCAGAUGAAUGGACACCCAUCCCAGCCCCUGGGGAGGGGAGUGGUCUACCAGAACGGUCAUGUACCUCAUGCUGCCUCCAUGGCCCAGUCUGGUCCCCAGUCCACUGUUAGAUCAGAGAACCAGUCUAGCAGCCCAGUGUUUAGUGUAGGAAUUGGUAGAGGAAGCAGGGCAACUAAUGUGACCACCCCACCUUCCUUCGUGGUUCCCACAAUACCACAACAGAACCAUAAUGGCUAUGUGAAGGACGAUGAGGGAUCAGAAGACUCUAUGGAAGAUCUCAGUAAGAAGCUGAAGAAGAUAGAGAAGAAGCUCCGACAGAUUGAGCUGUUGGAGACCAAGGUGGAUGAGGGACACACCCUGACGGCUGAGGAGGCUGCAAAAGUUGCCAUGAAGGGAAAAUUGUCAAAACAGGGGGAGAGUCUUCAACAGAAAUCAGACUCUAAUUGAGGAGAGAAUACCAACAAAGCAAUGCACUGAUUGUGUUGUGUACUAGUGCUAGUCUGCUAAGUCUAGGAACUUAGUUUUUUUGUAUGUUUUAUAAUAUUUUAUUUCAUUGUUUUAGACAAAAACAUUUUACGAUGUAUUUUCCUUUUCAUAUUUGAUACUCGUCAUUAUUUGUUACACUAUGUUGAUAUACACAUAGAUCUAGAUCUCCGACAGCAGUUUUAUCUGUGAGAGGUGGGGAAAGGUGUAUUUUAUAUAUUUCAGAAGUUAUUCUAAGAUAGCGUACAGUAUUUUAAAAGCUGAUGUGGAUCUGUGUUCCAUAUGGGCAAUACAACGAGAAGAAAAGAAAGUUAAGAGGUGUGAAAACUGAUACCACCAAAUUUUAUGAAGUUUAUUAUGUUUUAUCUCUGACAAGUUUUAUUGGUCCAUGCAUAAAGAUUAAAAAUAUAUAGAAAUCUG